UAAAUUCUUCAAAUACCUGCUUUUUUGACAACAAAGAAAGCAAAUAAUCAUUAAUCUUUUGCUUGAGUGAAUACUUGUCGGUUGUCGCAGUGAUGAUUUCAAUCAAAUAAUGAUGAAAUUAAGUUUAACUUAUAUCGUUUUUGAAUUAUUGAAACUCACUUUUGAAUUGGAGUGUCACCACUACACACAAUUAGAGGUAAAUGAACAUGGAAAAGCAAGUUUGAUUCAAGUAAAACCAACUUUUUCGAAUGUGACGAAGAAACAAUGUAAUGAUGACGAAAAAUGUUCUAGACUUGUUGUUAAGGACAAUCUCAACAACACAGACAUUUCGAUUCAUGAAGGCCAAGUGAGCCCAGAGUUUGGUACAAUUACGAGCAGAACUUGUGGUGAUGACGAAAGAUGCAGUCGGGUCGUUUUAAAAGAUCAGAAAAACAUGACAUAUCAGUCUUCAGAUUGUCUUCGUGUCACACACUGUGAAAACCCCAAAGCGUUUUGUAAAAACCUAAUAAACUUAUCAAAUGGAACAUUUGUCCAUUGUAAAGUAAGUUGUUGCAACUCAACUUCCUGUGACGAAAACACCAAAACGAAUAGGACGUGUUAUGAGUAUCGAUCUUUCACUAUUCGUGAUAAAAUCGCUGUGAAAAUGCCAAAUGAAAUGUUUGUCAAUACUUGUAAAAAUGAUGAAUUGUGUAGUCUUGGAACAUUUAAAGAUGGCAAAAAUAUGACUCACAUUAGCCUGGGCUGUAUGGCUAGGUCUGUCUGUCAGAAUCCUAGUACAAUUUGUAACAAAUUAACUCACACGUCUUCGCCAUUUGUUGACUGUAAUGUCAAGUGCUGUCUGGGAGACAAGUGUUACUCUGAGCUCAUUCCAACCAUUGUAUCAAGAACAGAUUCUGCAACACCAACAACAGGCCAUGCAACACUAACAACAGGUCCUGCAAUGUCAACAACAGGUCCUGCAACAUCAACAACAGGUCCUGCAACAUCAACAACAGGUCCUGCAAUGUCAACAACAGGUCUUGCAACACCAACAACAAGUCCUGCAAUGUCAACAACAGGUUCUGAAACACCUCCAACAGGUCUUGCAACACCAACAACAGGUUCUGAAACACCAACAACAGGUCAUACAGUUACAUCAGCAGCUGUUUGUAAUAUUAAAUACCAAGUUUAUAUAAUUUUUAUAUCUUUGUUAUGGUAUUAUAUUAAUUUAUAUUGAUCAUAAUAACUAAGAUUAACUUCUUCGUUCGUUGUAAAUAUAUGCAAUUAUAUACAAAUUAUUUGACAUAAAAUACUUGUUUCUAACGCC